AUGUUCUUCAUCGUUUCCAGCAUCAAAUACACCUCCAACCCCACCACCAAAAUCGAAGGCUCUCCGCCCCCCUUCACCCUCCUCAUCGGCAUCCUCACCCGUCCCGACAGCUACGACCGCCGCCACUUCCUCCGCCUCAUCUACGCCACACAAACGCAGAGCACCGCCACAAUCACGGUCAAGUUCGUCCUCUGCAACCUCACCAAGCCCGAACAGCGCGCCUUCAUUGCCCUCGAGAUCAUGCGCUUCGACGAUAUCAUCAUCCUCAACUGCCCUGAGAACAUGAACGCCGGCAAAACCUACACCUACUUCUCCUCCCUCCCCAGGAUCCUCCCAGCCAGGUACGACUACGUGAUGAAGGCCGACGACGACGUCUACUUGCGCCUGGAGCAGUUGGCAACAUCGUUAAACCCUCUCCCGAGGCUGGACUUGUACUAUGGCUUCGUGAUACCUUGCCAGAGCAUGAAUCCGUUUGUUCAUUACAUGUCCGGGAUGGGGUUUGUGCUGUCGUGGGACCUUGUCGAGUGGAUAGGCGCCUCGUUGAUCCCGUUGAAUCACACAGUUGGGCCGGAGGAUAAGCUGGUGGGAGAGUGGCUGAAUCGGGGGAAUAAGGCCAAGAACAGGGUUUCGAACAAGCCGGCUAUGUAUGACUAUCCUCGUACUAAUGGUAGAUGCUCGCAUGACCUUGUUCCGGAAACCAUCGCAGUUCAUCGGCUUAAGAGAUGGGAGCAGUGGCUGGAUGUACUCACUUUCUUUAAUGUCACUAACCAGUUUAAGCCAUCUACGUUGUAUACUUUGUGA